AUGGACCAACACAACCUAACAAUUCUGAAAGAGUUCAUCCUAACGGGAAUCACAGAACUCCCAGAGCUGCAGGCCCCAUUAUUUGGGCUCUUCCUCAUUGUGUACCUGUUCUCAGUGGUGGGAAACCUGGGCCUGAUCCUCCUCACCAAGAUAGAUUCCAGGUUGCAAACACCCAUGUACUUUUUCCUCAGACACCUGGCUUUCACAGAUCUUGGUUAUUCAACAGCUGUGGGACCCAAAAUGCUAGUGAAUUUUGUUGGAGAUCAACACACAAUCUCCUAUACUUGGUGUGCUACUCAGCUCACUUUCUUCAGUCUGUUUAUCAUUAGUGAAAUUUUCAUCCUGUCGGCGAUGGCCUAUGACCACUAUAUGGCCAUCUGCAACCCUUUGCUCUACACAGUCAUCAUGUCACAAAGAUUGUGUCAGGUGCUAGUGGCAAUUCCUUAUCUCUACAGUGUAUUUUUGUCUUUGUUGACCAUCAUAAAAAUUUUUAUUUCAUCGUUUUGUGGCCAUAAUGUCAUCAGGCAUUUCUACUGUGAUAGUCUGCCAUUGAUAACUUUGCUCUGCUCAGACACACGUGAAAUUAAAUUGAUAAUCCUCUCCUUUUCAGUUUUUAAUUUGUUAUCUUCUCUUCUGAUAGUCCUCAUGUCCUACAUUCUGAUCCUUGUUGCCAUCAUCAGGAUGAACUCCCCGGAAGGCAGAAACAAGGCCUUCUCCACCUGCGGAUCUCACCUGAUGGUGAUAGUUGUAUUCUACGGUACUCUGUUCUUCAUGUACGUGCAGCCCAAAUCCAGUAAUUCCUCUGAUACUGGUAAAGUGGCCUCGUUAUUUUAUACUUUGGUAAUACCCAUGCUGAAUCCCAUGAUCUACAGUUUUAGAAACAAAGAGGUAAAAAAUGCCCUAGAGAAAAUCUGGAAGAACUUUACAAUAAAACUUAUCAAACCCUUAGCAUUACUUCAAGAGUUAAGGUCAUCAAUAAAGGACUACAGCAUGAAACUAAUGGAUCUGAAGAGGAAUCACCUGAAAGAGAAAAGGGCUCUCCUCCUGGAGUGA